AUGUUGUAUGGUUGUGCUCUCUUUGAUUACCUUGCUAGGAUCCAUUUGAUUGACAGUUUACAAUAUGGAAAUGUUGUUGGAUGCAGCAAAGCCAAGAAUCCAAGCUGCUUCUUCCCAAUUCCUCAAGCUGCAGAAUGUAUUACCCGUCUGGUUGAAAGAGCCAAUAUGCCAGCGAUAUAUCUUUCUACGAAUGCUGCAGAAAGUGAAACUGGUUUAUUGCAAUCCCUUGUUAUGCUGAAUGGGAAGACUGUGCCACUCAUUACACGGACGACUCGUAAUUCAGCUGAAAAGUGGGAUGCAUUAUUGUAUAGAAAAAAACUUGAUGGGGAUCCUCAGGUGGAGGCAAUGCUUGAUAAGACCAUUUCUGCAUUAUCUGGCGUGUUCAUUAGGGCUCUGGAAUCGACCUUCAAGGAGGACAUUCUUCGGUUACGCAGAGGGUGGGGAACAACAUCAAGAUGUGAUGAGUAUCUGUGUGAGGGUGAGGUGCCAAAUUUCAUUGCAGGAGAUGAAUGAAUGCAUGUGUAUGUAUACAUUG